AGUUUUCGUCCUUCAGUAACACCUCAGCCCUGACGUGUGUGGGGCCGAUCAUUACACCUCCACCCUCUCAACGACUCACUGCCCGUUAAGUUUAGACAAAAAUCGAUUUACAAUGAAAGUACAAGACGUUCUUAGCUGUAGCUUUCCGUCAUGGUAUGACAAGUUCAAAAAAUGUACCAUUAAGAGCAUUUUACUGCCUUUAACACCAGAGGUCCUGGCUUAUAUGCAAGAUAAUGGGACUCUGGUGCUCCCAGAAGGUUCACAGCCAGAGCCAACCUAUAAGAGGAACACACAAGAGGAAGAAGACACUGAAGACUGGGAUCACUGUGAGACAUCAGGCUGUGUUGUGCAAGGUCCUAAGUUGGAGGAGUACAGCACAAAGAUCAGAGAUGCCAUCAAGAAGCUUGGAGGAAGUGCCUUUCCUAAACUUAAUUGGAGUUCCCCAAAGGAUGCCUCAAGGAUUGCCCUCACCAAUUCUUAAGAUGUUGCACCCCUGGAGAUGUUUCUAUCUCAUCCUUAAAAGUAGCAACUUU